ACUACACAUUACGAUAUUCAAGGAUGAUUACAUUCAUUGAAUUCUGGCAACUUGAGUCAAAACGAGCAUUAAGUCAGUCAAAUGAGCGGUUAAAAAUCGCUUUUGCAUCAGGUAAUGGGAAAUAAAAUUCUAUGGGCUAUUGAAAGAUAUCAGCAAAAAUUGUUUGAGAAACAUUUGAUAAAUAUUUCUAAAGAUUCUAAGUGAAUAAUCACACAGAGACGGAUUAUAUGCUUGAAACAGUUUAAGAAGAGGAUAUAGCUAGUGUAGUAAUAUAUAUCAGAGGCAGUUACAUGUAAGUGUUAAUUCAUAGAGUGCGGAGGUAAAGGAACGUGUAGAACUAUCCUUAUGAUAAAUAUUUAGCUAAAUCUAUAAAUACAGCAUCCGUUACCAUGUAAGCACUGGAUACCGGAUACAUCUCGUUUUUAAAACCAGCUCUUUGUGGCGUAAUGUGAUAUCUCCGACCUCGAGUGGAUGUUAACGAUUCUCAUUAGGCUCAGUUAUCACUCACCACAGCUGGAUGAAAAUUUGAAUAUGCCUUCCCCGUGAUGAUACCAACUGAAUGACAUUGAAGCUGGUUGAAAACUUUAUCAAACAGGGAAGAAUGGAAAAGUUUUGUAAAGAUGUGAUUGAAAAGUGCAGUCUGGAUUAUGAAAAUGAACAGUUGAAAGAUAUGACUAAUGCGUUGUCUCAACUGAUAGAUCGUUUUGCUGCAUCCGUGCAAGGGCAAGGUCGGUGUAAUAUCGCUAAGUGUGGAAGUAUGACAGAACAAACGAGAAUUACAACAACUGGUAUAGAGUACGAUUACCUAACUGUGGUCGAGGGACCUACUUAUUUCGGACAUCCAUGUGAACAUUGCAAACUUGAAGGCUGCGUUCAGGUUUUUCGUGAUUCUGGAAAGAAAGAAAAGCAAAACAGUGAAGAAGUGAAAGCUUACUUCCACAAAAGACUGAUAGAUACUAUCAAACAUAACUGUAGUAAAAAUAACUGCACAGGCUGCCCGUACUGUACAGUCGAAACGAGAUCCGGAACGUUGAGAGUUGUGUUGACAAAGGGUUUUGACAUUUCAGUGUCAGAUACAAAACUGAAAUUUCACUGGAUGCCACGCACAACUGAUUUUGAAGGGAUGAGAAUGUGUCAUAUAGAGGAAGAGAAACUAUACGAGUGCAAGAUCAUUCACUACAGAGUAUCAGACAAGCGAUUAUGCUAUAUAAAUCCAUCUGAAAGGGAAAACGACGAUGAAAUGUUCAGUCCCGAGAAUCCAGAUAAAGAGGGAUUUCCUUUGAAGUCCGACAGGGUGCCGAUUGAAGCAGGAUUGGAGAUCGAGGUAGAUUUUCAUCCUGUUUUGCAGCUGGACCCGGGUAUACAAAGAGCAAAUUUCAAUUUCGAAUAUCCACAGAAAUGUUUUUUAUUUCCAAAAAGUGCCAAAGAUAAGUGUGGAGGAUGGAAAAUAUCAUUCUAUGACACUGAAUUGCAGGCUUUACAAGGAACAUCAGUGACGCAUAGACAUGCUUACAUGGUUUUGAAGUUUGUUUUAGAACAGCUUAAAGGCGGGGUAACAGGGUAUAUUUCUUCUUACUAUCUUAAAACUGGCAUUCUCCACCAUAUAAAUGAAUGUGGCAAAGCUCACAGUGUCAGUCAAUGUGUAAUUGACGUUCUAGAAUAUUUAUCAAGAUGUUUCGAAGCUCAAAACCUACCUAAUUUUGUAUCAGACAGAAACAUUAUAGAAACAAAUGAGCACUUCUCCAUUCCACAAUGGCCGACAUUUGCAAAAUGUCAUUGUGAAUCUCUAGCAUAUGUUUUGCAAGUUGUGAGUGAAACACUGAGAGCAGAUGAACACGGAGAUAUAGAGACACUUGUAAAUAGAUUUCGCAUGAUACGAGAUUUUUUGUCAGAUAUCGCAGCUGUUGAAUGCGAUGAUGUCGAAAAUUUUAAAUUUGAAUUUGAAAAGAGGAUGUGUUCAGUUAAGAAAUGAUACGUUCACAAGUGUUAUUUAUAGUAGAAAACCCAUGUUUUGAGUUCUUAUGCAUAACAAUAUAUCACGUAGGCCUAAGUGAUAUAUUGUUUCGCAUAAGAACGAAAAACGCGGUUGUUCUACGAUAAAUCACAAUUGGGAACUUGUUAUUUCGAUUCUAACACGACACACUUGAAACAACAGUGUGAGAAAUAAAUGGUUACCACUUUUUACGACAUAAAUUACACUUCGUGUUACGCACAUGGAUUUGGCUGUUGAAAUUUCCUCCAUGUAUUCUCCCCAUUGCUUAAGGAUUGCAGCAAAUAGUAUAGUCGAUUAGUCUUAAAUUAUAAUAAAAAGUUUUUGUUCCAACACUGAAAUUUGUUUUAUUAAUAAAUAUUUUUCCAGCCCAGCCCUUUAAAAAAUUCAGAGGUGGGCUGAAAUGAAAACACAGACAACAAAAAAUAAUGCAGUCAAAAUGCUUUUCAGUGGAAUCCCACCGGGAAUCUACUCGCCAACCCCGGUUGGUUAUCAUCGGGAUCACACCGGAAUUAAUUUCCAUUCCACUGAAAUGAUAACAUCCCUCCGGGAUUAAGUCAUCCAACUGGGAUCCCAGUUCGAUUUUCUGUGGGGCUCUUAAUCCUUUUCAUGUAAAAUAUUAAAGUAUGUCUCUCUACAAAAUUGCUGUUUAAACUUAGCAUGAGUUCUUAAUUUACCCGUAUUGUUAUUACAAGGAUAUACUUUGGAACCUUUACUAAAAUAUUUUUCAGUCAAAGUACACAGCACAAACGUGUUCUGAUGCUCUAGAUCCUGGUUAAAAGCCUAUUUGUAACUUAUUAAGGACUCCAUUAUCCAGAUAUUUUUGAAGUCUAGUAUUUAGAAUGCAAUUAAACACUUUAGAGAGACAUGGCAUUACUGAUAUACUGACAGUGACUUGCAUCAUAAGGAUCACCACUCUUAUGCAAUGGUUUGAUAUAACCCACCUUCCAUACUGACGGGUAUACUCCACAGAACAAAAUCUGGUUAAAAAAUAUCCUAAUACAUGGUAACAAAAUAGUUUUACCUGCUUUAAGCAUCUCAUUACUAAUAGAGUCUAGCCCAGCCGAUUUUCUAUUUUUAGACUAUUAAUGGUUUUUAAAAUUUCAUCCACAGUAAUUAUAUAAUCCAAGUCUGUAAAAGUUCUGUCUUGUUUAAUAUUUUCCAAUAAUUUACUAAAUCUAUUUUCUAAGUGUUUAAACUCCUUUUUUUAUACUAAACAAUCUAGAAAAAAUGAGAAAUUCAAGUCUCCGAACUAACAUUCUUAGCUGGAUCAGAACAGCUGUUUUCUAUCCUUAAUUCUUUAACUAAGCUACAGUAUUCGUUGGGGUCAUUUUCAUGCAUACCAUCAAGUCUAUCUAUUAUUGAUUUCUUGAAAAAAGUGUAUUUCUUUUUACAAAAACGAAAAACGUUUACAUAGCUUUCUAAACUUAUAAAAAGCACAUUUAAUUCUAUAUAGAACACAUAUUGGUUUUCAGAAUAUCGACGCCUCUUCUUUUAAAGUUCUCGACACAUUUAAUAGAGGUCGGAGUCGAACCAUUUCUUGUUUUUUUUUUACUAUUUCUUUGGCCUCUUUCUUUGAAGCACUUUAUGACAAGCGGACAAAACAAUAUCAUUAAACUGAAUAACGUGUAUAUAGGUUAUUCAUGCCGUGAAUUCCCGGUCAAAAUUACCACUUUAGAUUUUCGCAGUAGAGAACUGUGGUAAGUCUAUAUCUGCAUGUAGUUUUCGUGUGGCUAUCGGUGUGUAACAUUAACGUAUUCGCAUUGACCGUUAAUUAUAGGCUAUAGCAUUUAUUUUUAUCCAUCGGUAUUUAACAAGUUAGAAGAGUUAAAGACCCACCAAUACCUAGUGGUCUACUUUUCCUCCCACAUGAACUUUGUGCAAAUAAUUCUGGUAAUACUGGUAUCAUACAACUAUUCUACAAGAUGACAGGUGGACAAGCUCAGUCUGGUUUUUCAUAACUUCAUCUGCAAACUUACUCAGUCAUUCUCUUCUCAGUAUAGUUUUAUAAAAAAAAUAGAAUAAUAACUAUCUUACACUGUAUAUAGAAACAGUGUGAUCUAAACUCACCUUAAUACAUGAAGUACCGUGCAUACUACUACAUUAAUUGAAUAAUAUAUUUAGUAAUACAUUGUCUUAGCCUUAUAUCUGUUACUGUCAAACUGUAAUUAGACACUUGUUAUUUCUCAUUUCUCCAUACAAAAAUGUAUAAUUACAAUUAUGGAACAAUCUGACUGAAGUACUUGAUCUUCUAAACGAAGAUACGAGAAUGACCCAUUCUUAAUCGUCUUCUGCACAUUUUUGAUUUCCAGAAUUGCUAUUUUUUAUUUUCGCAAUUCUAUUUUUUUAUUUUAACCAAUGAGACGAUUUGUUCGAAUGUCAAAGAUUAAGGGACUCGAAUCCGGGACCAGUCGCUUACAGAUUUUUUAUUCUUACAAAAUGUAGUAAGUAAGCCUUCUGCCUGGCUAACGGAAUGGUCGUCAGAACGAGGCUGUCAAUAGCACGUCUUCAGAUCCUAAGUAUAGCGUAAUAGGAGAUGUACUUUAGUCAGAC